GGGGGAGCUUCAGGGGGCCUGUGCUCUACUUCCAACGCUUCUACUUCUCAGAACCUUCCUAGUAAGGUCAGUGCUUCUGCUGGCCUCCGAACACCCUGUGCGACGACUCGAAAACUUUUAAUGGGUCAUGUAGAUUUAUAGGCGGCAGCUGGCUACUGAUACACCAUGGGGCAGGCGACGACUGCGUCUCUUUUGCUAUCUCCGUCGGCUUGGUUUGAUCACUUUGAUGAUAUCGAUGAACUGUCAAAGUCACAUGCUGAAGCUCAACGGCACAUGUGACUAAGUUCAGAUUUGCAGUGGCGUUCAAGGCGCCUCGCCUGCACAGCUAUGUUGAUUGUUUUAGAAGAGCAACACCGGUAACUUCCACUGGCACGGUAGCAUUAGCCCAGGUCACAGGCCGUUUACUCACUAGUAUAUCGAAAGAAGGUACUGACCUGAAGUUUUGUUCUAGUCUACCAUUUCACUUCCGAAUUGCACUGACAGUCACCAUGAUGGAAACAGAGUCCAUUCCUGAUACAGCUUUGGUCAACAUGGCGAAUGGUGGCGCCUUCCACCAGUUGUUCUCUUCUCCAGAUGCCGAUAUUGUACUCGGUGCCAAAGAUCAUACCCUUUUCCGCAUCCACUCAUGGACGCUCAAGACGACAUCAGGCUGGUUCCGGUCUCUCUUUUCCAUGCCUCAACGAAGCUCCCUUCCGAAUCACACCGAGGUCAUCAAUCUAGAGGAAGACUCGCAUACACUAGAGAGUCUGCUACUCAUGAUCUGCGGUCUUCCGAUUAACCCACUCACAUCGUAUGACGAGGUUGAUGCAUUGUUAUUCGCUGCAGAAAAAUAUGAGAUGCCAGGGCCUGUCUCGCUCAUACGCGUGCUUAUCAUGACGCCCCCGCUCUUAGACCAGCCUCUGCGUCUUUAUGCAGCCGCAACCCGUUGUGGAUGGGAAGAAGAGGCCAAACAUGCCUCCGCGCAAUCGCUCGCUCUCGACAUCUACGCGCCGGAACAUCAACCCAUCCUGCGAAAAAUACACACAGGCGCUGUGCUUGACCUGAUAAACUUGCAUCGCAAUCGACGCGAGGGCAUUCGGAAACGUCUGGAUGAGCAGCCGUUCGUGAUAGGGAGCACGAAGGCAUCUUGUCCGCGGUGUAGAUGGACGAUUGAUCAUCAUACAUGGAGAGAGCUCAAGUAUAAAGUUGUGAUGGAGAUGGAUGCACGGCCGCUAGGAGACACGGUCGUGGAUGUGGGACUGAUUGAGUGGCCUGAGGCGGUCGCGUGUUGGGAUGCAAAGUGCCCUAAUGCUGAGUGCACGUGUGUAUUGUACGACAAGGUCGAGACUUUGCGUCUCAUUCGGGAGUGUAUUGAUACCCUUCCUAGAACGACAUGAAACGUAGUAGUGCACCAUUAGACACGAUACUUAGAUAGGCUAGUCGAGCAAAUGUUAUAUAUUUCGAGGAUGGUA